CGUCGUUUGGGAGGCCUUUUCCCCUUCUCUCGCGAACUAAGGAAGCGGGGAAAGGGCCGAGGGGGUGGGGCAGGGCUUCCCCUUCCCCCUGGAGCCGUUUUCCCCGGGACUUGGGCUUGUUUGGCAGCCCUGGGAGGCCCACUUUGGCCGUGCGCCUUGGCCGUGCGCCCUGCUCGCUUUUACGCACUGGCGACUUUUACGCACGGCGCGCCCUGCUCCUCCUUCUCUCCAUGGCCACCGCUUCCAAGGCGGCUGUCUCUUUCUUUAAGCGCUCGCUGGCCCUGUCCCCGCCCCGAGGAGGAGGAAGGGGGUCCGGGCGUUGCAGCCACGGGGCGCCGGGGUCUUCCUUGGGCUCUGGGGGCAGCCUCGUGCGCCUCCAAGCCGCCUCCCCUUCUCGGCCGCGCUUCCUGAGCGAGGCGCCUCCAGCCGCCAAGCCCUCUCCUCCUUCUCCUUCUCCUCCUGGGCUCUUCUUCUUGCAGGACUCGCUCAGCCACAGCCUCCGCCUCUGCUACAAGUAUCUCAACCAGACCAGCCGCAGCUUCGCCGCCGUCAUCCAGGCCCUGGAUGGAGAGCUGCGGUUCAGGCAGUACUGUCACUAUGUCGCCGGCCUGGUGGGGAUCGGUCUCUCACAGCUCUUCUCUGCAUCCAAGCUGGAGGACCCUAUUGUUGGCCAGGACAUGGAGCUCGCAAACUCCAUGGGGCUUUUCCUGCAGAAAACCAACAUCAUCCGGGAUUACUAUGAAGACCAACUCGUGGGCAGAGAGUUUUGGCCUCGGGAGGUGUGGAGCAAGUACGCAAAGAAGGUGUCAGAUCUGGCCAAGCCCGAGAACAUCGAUAAAGCCGUCCAGUGCAUGAAUGAGCUCAUCACCAACGCCUUGCAUCACGUCCCCGACGUCUUGACAUACUUGUCCCGACUGAAGAACCAGAGCGUUUUCAACUUCUGUGCCAUCCCCCAGGUAAUGGCCAUUGCCACCUUGGCAGCCUGUUACAACAACCAGCAGGUCUUCCGAGGGGUGGUGAAGAUCCGGAAGGGGCAAGCCGUCACAUUGAUGAUGGAUGCCACCAACAUCCAGGCUGUCAAAGCCAUCAUGUACCAGUAUGUGGAAGAGAUCUACCAGAAGAUCCCCAGCACAGACCCUUCCUCCAGCAGAACCCAGCAAAUCGUCGCCUCGGUCCGCUCGAUGAGUUUGCCCGGGGGGGAGCUGGUCUCUCGGACCCAUUACUCCCCCAUCUACUUGUCCUGCGUCAUGCUUCUGGUGGCCCUGAGCUGGCAGUAUCUGAGCACGGUGUCCCAGGCGGCGGAGGAAUUCGUUCACACGGGAGAGAACUGAGACCGACACGGUUUUGCUUUUUGAAGGGAGAGACAUUUCAGACUUAGGAGGACUUGACGGAAGUCCCGGGACUUGAAACCUUGAAUUUGUGCAAACCUGUUUGGACUGGAAGCUUUCACCUCUAGAAGCAGCUGCUAACAAACCAAGGUUCCUGAAUGGAGACGACCCCCUCACCCUCCCUUUUCCUGUUGUUGGACGGACUGGUUAUGGACUUGUCUCUUUCUGAGUCUUAAUGUUUUGUUUUCUGCAGACUGUUUGAUCUGCGGUUUUUGUUUCCUUUUUUUUUUCUGAUGUAGGAUAUUUUUUAACUAGGAAGUUGGAAGGUGCCUCUUCKUUGCUUGUUAAUUUUGACAGUAAAAAAACAAAAUUGCUGUGA